UGAGACUAAAGCUCUACAUGUAGACCUGCUGCCUUAAUGCCGCCGUGCGGCCACCGCAACUCCCCUGCAGGCAAAGCGACUAAACCUUCAACUGAAAUGCCCUGCACCCUCUGUGCAGGGAAGGGGAGGUGGCCUGACCCAGGACGAUGAUGACGCAAUGCUGAAGAGUGAGCUGGAGGAGAGAAGCAACAGGCACCAUGGAAAAAACCAAAACAAAGCAAGGAGAGAAUGAACAUAUGCCGGUGAAUAGCCCUUCCACACAGAUCUACCAGUUGCAGGCCCUGGCCUCGGAACUGAAAACCGGCUUCACAGAAGCAAUGCAGGAGCUGACGCGGAUCCAACAUGGAGAAUAUGCUUUGGAAGAGAAGGUUAAGAGCUGCCGAUGUUCCAUGGAAGAGAAAGUCACCGAGAUGAAGAAUUCCUUAAACUACUUCAAGGAAGAGCUGAGCAAUGCGAUGUCCAUGAUUCAGGCCAUCACUUCCAAACAAGAAGAAAUGCAGCAGAAAAUCGAGCAGCUUCAACAGGAGAAGCGAAGAGAGUCUCGAAAGGUUAAAGCCAAGAAAGCUCAAAAGGAAGAGCAUGGCGCACAGGCCGGACCUGCAUCUGCGCCUGCGCAAGCGCAAGGAAGCCCCUUCCGCUCCAUCAAUGUCCCCGAAUCUGGUCACCCCAGUGAUGACUUCACCAACAUUAUGCCUUCUCAAACCUAUGAAAAAGCCCAGGAGUCCAGAUCUGUUCAUGUAGGAGAUGGCAAUGUGAAGGGAAUGAUGGGUCCUGGAGGGAACCCAGCAAAUCCAGAAGCAGACGAAAGCCUUAAGCCCUCUCUCUCAGCUGAGAUCCAGUCCAAGGGCUAUCACACACCGGGCCUGUGGAGACAGCCUAAGGAUGGCAAAGAGUGGGCCGAGGAACAUGUCACAAAAGAUCACCCAGAUAAACUCAAGGAGGCUGGCCAGGGCAGACACAGCUCCUUGGAAAACGUUUUAUGUGAAACCUCUUUAGCUGCAAAAAGGCAGACCGUGGCUCUCGAGCUGCUUGAGUCUGAGCGGAAAUACGUCAUCAACAUCUCUCUGAUCCUGAAGAUAAAGGCAACGUUCCAGGGCUCCGACGGAAAGAGGAAUUCCAAGGAGAGAAGCCUCUUCCCUGGCUCCUUGCGCUACCUUGUCCAGCAGCACUUGGAUUUGCUUCAUGCCCUGCAGGAGAGGGUCCUGAAAUGGCCACGCCAAGGAGUCCUUGGAGAUUUAUUCCUGAAGUUGACAAAUGAUGAGAAUAAUUUCUUGGAUUAUUAUGUUGCCUACCUGAGGGAUUUACCCGAAUGCAUCUCCUUGGUUCAUGUUGUGGUUCUGAAGGAGGGUGAUGAGGAGAUUAAAUCCGACAUCUACACCCUGUUCUUUCACAUAGUGCAACGCAUCCCGGAAUAUCUGAUACAUCUCCAGAAUGUUCUGAGGUUCACAGAGCAGGAACACCCCGACUACUAUCUCCUGCUCGUGUGUGUCCAGCGCCUCCGCGUGUUUAUCUCUCAUUACACCCUGCUGUUUCAAUGCAACGAAGAGCUGCUUAUUCAGAAACGGAAGAAGCUCAAAAAGUCGUCUAUGGCAAAGCUGUACAAAGGGCUGGCUUCCCAGUGUGCCAAUGCUGGCCAAGAUGCUUCACCCACCGGGGGCCCAGAGGCUGUCCGUGACAGUGGGAUCCACUCAGAAGAAAUGCUCCAGCCCUACCCUCCUGCGCCCAGUUCCGCCCCUGCUGUCACACAUCUGAUGCCCACGGCGAAGAAAGGCCAACAGCAGCAGAGCCUCAUGGAGAGCAUGCAGCCCGGCAAGCCGGGGGACUGGGAGAUGGAGGGCAGAAAGCACGAGCGGCCCGAGAGCCUGCUGGCCCCGGCGCAGUUCUGCGCGGCCGAGCAGGACGUGAAGGCGCUCGCCGGGCCGUUGCAAUCCAUCCCGGAGAUGGACUUCGAGCCGUCCCCGGCCGAGCCGCUGGGCAACGUGGAGCGCUCGCUGCGCGGGCCGCCCGAGCUCCUGCCGGACGCGCGGGGCUUCGUCCCCGCCGGCUACGAGGAGUUCGAGUACGGGGGCGAGAUCUUCGCGCUGCCCGCGCCCUACGACGAGGAGCCCUUCCAGGCGCCGGCGCUCUUCGACAACUGCUCGCCCGCCUCCUCCGAGUCCAGCCUGGACAUCUGCUUCCUGAGGCCCGUCAGCUUCGCCAUGGAGGCCGAGCGGCCCGAGCACGCGCUGCAGCCGCUGCAGCCCAAGAGCGCCACGUCGCCGGCCAGCAGCAGCAGCGCCUACAAGCUGGAGGCGGCCGCGGCGGCGCAGGCGCAGGCGCAGGCGCAGGCGCACGGCAAGGCCAAGCCGCUGAGCCGCUCGCUCAAGGAGUUCCCGCGCACGCCGCCCGCCGAGGGCGUGGCCCCGCGCCUCUACAGCACGCGCAGCAGCAGCGGCGGCCGCGCGCCGCUCAAGGUCGAGCGCGCCGCCGCCGCCGUCGCCCCCCACGGCCCCACCGCCUCCGCCGCCGCCGCCGCCUCCCGCGGGGCGCCGCGGACCUUCUUCCCCCAACAGAGGUCCCAAAGCGAAAAACAGACCUAUUUGGAAGUAAGGAGGGAGAUGCACUUAGAGGAUGCCACCCGAUUCUGUCCAAAGGAGGAAAGAGAGAGUGAGCAGACUUCUUUCAGCGAUCAGAACCCCAGGCAAGACCAGAAAGGGGGCUUCCGCAGCUCCUUCCGCAAGCUCUUUAAAAAGAAGUCCAGUGGAUCAGAAUACAGGGAAAAAAGUAAUGAGAACCCCUCAAUGGAUCCUUCACCCACCAAACAAGAUUUCUUCAGAAACCGACUUGCUCUUGCAAAUGACCUUGACCAAGGAACAGCUGUGUAAACACACUUACAGUUGUAUUAUCAAGUGGUAAGAGGAGGGGAAAGCUUGUCUAUAUCUCUGCAGGAAUAUAUAUAUACAUAUAUAUAUAUCAAUGUAUAAAUCCCUGAGGAAAACUAAUAUAAAUAUUUACAUACGAAACUAAAUCAGCAUACAAGCUAUUGAAGAGAUGAAGAUUAGUCUAUGGUUAAGACUUGACUUAAUGAACCUCAACACUUGGGAAAAGGGGAACGAAGACCCCUUUCACAUCAUUUCAGAAAAACAUAAACUUGGAGGAAAAUAAAUGUUUGUAAGAACAAAACCUUGCACCUUGAAGUCAUUCCCCAAGUAUAAUAAUAAGCAUGUUCAUUUUUAGCAUGGAUGUGAAUUUUGUGCUUCCUAGGAAUUUGAAUUCAUAGCUUAUGAAUUCAUCCCACUGUGCUUAGACUAAUAAGCCCUAUGUGAGGGUCCAGCUGUGUCUUGCUUCGUAUCUUUCCAAACCUCAAAACAAAAUACAACACCCUUUAAGGCAAAGGAUUAACAGAACUGGAUUUUACUUGUGCAAAUCAGAGCUCUAGAUAAUUGGUCCUUACACUAUAACUCAGAAGCUUCAAAACUUAAAGAUACGUUGCUCUCUAGCUUGUUCUAUGGUUAUGGAAAUCAGUCAAGGGAAUGGGUGGGAGCAAAAACAAACAUUCUCCUUAUGUGGGUGUUGAGGAUGGCGGCGGUCUUAGAUCCAGUAGAUAAUGUGUCAGACCCACUCGUGCCCAGAGAGACCCACUCAUGCCUACAAAGACCCACUCAUGACCAGAUAGACCAGGGAAGAAUCACUGACUUAGCUACAUUUUCUUUCAGAGACUUUGAACCCAGGGUCUUGUGUGUUCAGGCAAUUGCUCAAUCACUGAGUUCCAUCUCCAGCCUGCAAACCUUUCCUUUGGUCUGGACUGAAGCUGGCCCCAGCAUAGUAAUGGCCACAUUACACAGCGGUUACUACAAACCAGAAUGAAAACUCAGGGACCCACCACUCAGCUCUUCUAGGAGGAUGUAAAGAAUAGACACUUUCAUAGCCCAAGUAGAGAACUCACUCUACUGUGGUGAGGCCUGCCUGGUCCUGGGGGAAUAAAAUGUGCUGUCUCCAUCUGGACAUGCCCCACAGGGCCAGCAUCCUUCUCCUCCAUAGGCCCCAAACAUCAGAUUUGUAACAGAGAGAAACAAAACAAAAGAAGUUUCAGCUGUUUGACUCCAUUGUUAGGCAGUUGUAAACAGUGUUGAUGUUCACACUGACUCCUGCAGACAGGGCAUCAGUAGAAUGCAGGGUGAGAUAGAAGUCUCAUUUGUAAGUAUUGCAGCCUUUCUCCUUGUCUAAUGAUCGCGUAGGAACAUAUCCAUUAGCAUACAAAUAAGUAUAUGAAAUGUGUAAAAGAUUACUACUAAGUUUCGAGAGUUUCAGUUUUUAAACGUAAGCCGAGCUUUUCAUCUCCCUGACCACUGAAGUCAGAUUUUUAUCAGGCUAAAAUUGCUCUAGGGCAGUGCUUAAAGGCGUGCCAGAGCAACUGGAUGUGGAAAGUGAAUAGAGACAACUGAACUAGGAAUAAAAAUAAGACUUCUUUUUCCUUCCAUAACCUGUCAGCAAAACAGUGGGGUACUAGAAAGUUUUAAACAUUGCACACCUCUCCAGUUUUAUUUUGAUAGCAUAGUCCAUCUACAUCUGCAAACCACUGUUGUAUAUUAUUAAACUAAUAAUAAUGUUGCCACUCUGGGCCCCUAUUUCCUGUUAACCAGACCCUGGGUGGGUGCCUUUCUAACCACCCCUAAACAUUCUUAUCUCCCAUGUAUCUGGUUCAUUCACAUUCCCAAACACAGUUUAGCAAAACUUCACUCUUGUCUGCUAUGAGAUGCCCAGAUCCUCAGCACGUCAGUCUAGGUUUACUCUGUAGAGAGCUUCUGUCUUCCAACUGCCCCUCACACUUCCAAGUUCUGCAUGAACUAGCAUCACCUACACUGGGCUUUGCUUUUGCCGGUGAGCCAUGCACUUUCCAGCUGACCCCCGCUUCACACCCUUGCUCUAGCUCUUCCAGCUGAGCUGAUUGUAAAGAUCCAGGUUGAGCCCUCAUUUUUUCUGAGAUCCCCGACGGUGAGACUAGUUCAUCUUUUGUUGUCUUUGUCUCCCCGUUAAGAAGGCGAGUCCUCUCAAAGGCAAGUGCUUUUUGUUUUAGGUGUUCCACAGAUCGUUUCUACUUUUCAUCUGACAGACCAUUAGCCUUGUCAUCUCCGUCUCUCGCCUUUCUAAAGGAAAAAAUGCCAAUCAAAAAGGAAGUAAGAGAGUUAGUUGUCUUCAGGAUCAGUUAAGGUACCACCAGAUACUAAAAAAACCUCUCCAGUUACAAGAGAAGUCGGUCACUCUCUUUUCUUUCUUCUGGCUCAUAGUAUUAUUUCUAGGUAGCAGUAUCAGUUGAUAGGGGAGGCAGGGUCUUUCAUUAGUGACUCAUGAUAUUUGACGUAAUGAUGGAUUAGGGACAGAGUCAGGGUGGGACAGAACGGGGCAGCUGCUCCAGCUCAGGGCUCCAGCCCUCCGAAGUGGACUGUACACACCAGAUCACUGGUGUCUGCAGGACACGCCUGGGUGAUAAGCAGAAAGAAACACUUCCUCAGCAGGUACAACUUUCUGCACAGGCUAGGCGGUCCCAGUGGUGUCUUUUACAGCCCUGAAGGAUCUACACCCAAGCCCAAGCAAGGAGUGUCUCAUUUCUCCGACUUCAGAAUUGCACCCUUUGAGAACCAGAGAUUUGUGGGUCACAGUGCUAGCCUUCUUCUGGUGGGCUAUUUCCUCAUGUAACAGUUUAAGCUAAUCGGAGAUUUGAAACUAGAUUGGUAGAGAAAUUCCUGGAAUGCUGUUUUUGCGGUGUCUUAUGAUUUAUUGCUUACCUCCAUCAAGUCUAAUGUCAUCUCAGUGGUGACACUAAAAAUACAGAUUCCCAGGCACUGUUUCAGCCCCAUUAUAGUGGAAUAUUUGGGGAUUGAGUCCCCAAAUCUGCAUUUUAAGUGUACCUAGGCUGUGGUUUUGUUUACUGGGAUUUUGUAUUCCUAGAUUUAUCACCUAUGAUUUCACAGUAAUAAACAAUAUAGAUAGUAAUAUUAUUAAAUAUGUAUACAUCUGAUAAGCACUCUUUAUAAACUGGCAAAUUGAUUGCAUAUUCAAGAAAACUGAUUGCAAGUCCUCAAGAACGACUGUCUGUCUUAGAUAACACUGAACAAUAAAGCUAUCAAGUGUUCGGACUAAACUUUUCCACAAAACAUUGCCAUUAGUAAGUUUCCUCAAGAGCCCACAACAGCACUGCCUCCAGUACAGUUAGAAUUCCCUGUCCUAAAUGAUGAUCUGAAGACCUAAGUGUAGGACUCGUGGCUGCUAAGCAUUCUUGGAUUUGUAAGACUCACAUGAUGGGGGGAUUUGGAAAAAGGGGAGACAGGGACAUGAGUUAAAUAAGGCUGAAAAAUUUGAUGGAAAUAUAGGCAUAUAUACGUACAUAGAUAUGUGUGCAUAUAUAUUCUAUCUAAAUAUCAUGUAUCUCAUCCCAUGUAGUUUAGGAUGCCCCCGAAUUCCUGAUCCUCCGGCCUCUGCCUCCCAUGAGGUAGGACUUCAGGCAUGCACCCUCACACCUGGUUUAUGUGGUGUCGGGGACGAAGCCAGGGCUGGCUUCCUGUGUGCUAGACCAGCACUCUGCUCACUGAGCUAUACCCUAGCCUGAGAGCUAUAUAUUUUAAGGGGAAAGAGUAGAAAGCAGUAUUUAACAUUUAAAUAUUGAUUAUAUAAGAAGACAGAGAUAGGAAUUUAGGCAAUGCUACACAUGCCUUGUUCAAAAUAGUCAAGAUCCUUAAACAAAAGAACCUGUUUUUCAAUAUCUGUUAUUUCCUGCGAGCUCAGCAGAGUCUUUUUUUUUUUUUAAGAUUUAUUUAUUUUUAUUUUGUGUGCCUUGGUGUUUUGCCUGCAUGUAUGUGUGUGUGAGGGUGUCAGAUCCCCUUGAAUUGCAGUUACAGACAGUGUGAGCUGCCAUGUGGGUGAUGAGAAUUGAACCCGGUCCUCUGGAAGAGCAGCCAGUGCUCUUAACUGCUCAGCUCUCUCUUCAGCCCCUCAGCAAACAGUCUUUAAGUCAUCUAAGCUUGUUCUCUAUUGUUUCUAUAAAACAGGAAACUUAACCAUUUUCCUUUCCGAUACAGUAACGUGGAAUACUCCUUAUUCUUGGAAGGAAAACGUCAUUGUUUCUUUCUUGUGUAUGUAAAGUUUUUAUUCUGAAGACAGUGGGCUGUAUUAUAAAGGACUGUUAGCAGAUAACAUCUGUGCUUGAGUUAACACUGUGCUCGCUAGCCCCCCUUGUUAUCACAGUUUCUUUUCUUAUCAGGGGCAAACCUUUUAGCACCAUACAAACAUGCUCUUACUUUUCCCCACCCAUAAAUAAGAAGAAAUCUUUCUUGGCCACUUCUGUUCUCCAGUUUUCUGCUUCCUUUUACGGUAAAACGUACAAGAGAAAACCACUCUGAUCCUUUCCUGCAAUAUUUUUUAUUAAACUCAUUAGACCCUUCCAGGCCUUUGCCUAAUCACUCCCAGAAACUUCUUGUGUGCAGAUCACUGAGGCUGGAGGUGAUGGCUCACAUUUAUUAUUCCAGCAGUUGAGAGGUGGAGGCAGGAGAAUCACCAUAUUGAGGCAGAUUGGAAUAUAUAGUGAGACCCCCCCCACACACAAACCAAUAAAAACAACAACAAAAAAUCAGUAAUGUCCUCAUUGCUAAACAUAUGGUCCACCUUACUCUAUCAAGUAGCAAGAUCACUUCCUCUUUUACUAGGCCUUAAGGACUCAACACAAUCCUGCUUUUUAUCUUUCUUCAUUGGCAGUUCCUUGACGAUUGUAUCAGUCUGCUGCUGUGAAAAUGCAGUCUUCCUGGGCCAGAGACGUAGCUCAGUGAUAGAACCCUUGCCUAGAAUGCACAAGGGUAAAGGUUCUAUCCCCAGCAACACAGAGCUCUUUAUGAAAAUGGCUGCCAGUUUUAUAUCUUUACUCUGGAUCUCUCUCAAACUCCAGACUAGUAUCUCUAUCUGUUUCCCUUUGACUUAAGAUGUCGUAUCUACUUUUUGAAUGUUCAAAGGCUUAUAUCUAAGCCUUCUUCCACAGUAUCUUUCCCACCUCAGUUAAUGGUAGUCUUUAUUCUUGUUGCUUUGGCCCCAAACCUUGACAGUUCGGUUUUUUAUACCAUGUUCAGUCUGUCAGUAAACUGGCUGGCUUCAUUCUUAAUUCUGACCUUCCCCUCACUUCCACUGCCCUUGUCAAACCAUUCCGAUUGGACUGGCCUCCCUAUUCCUGUUCUUAAGUGUUCUCCAUACACAACAAAUGGAUCCUAUUACUCUUCUGCUCAAACCUCUGAGGGCUCUCAGGAGUGUUGGAAUGGCUUUUAAAGCUGUAAAUGAUCUACAACGGUUAAACUCCUGAUGCACCUCCUUCUAGUCUAUCCAUAUUCAUUUCUCUAUCCACACUAGCUACCUCUGUAUUCUGUAUACCAAGUAUGCUCUGCCUUCAGACUCUCCAAUCAGCUCUUCUCUUAGUUACUUGGAUGUCUCAUUCAUUCCCCUCUUAAAAGUUUUUAUUUAUCUCUAUAAGGCCAACUGAUCAUCACAUUUAAAUUUCACACUUCCGGUCAAUGACCCUUUUUCUCCUCAUAGCAGUUACAUUUUUAAUGUAUACUAUUCUACUUAUAAAAUAUUGUCUACAUCUUCUCACUAGCUUAUAAAUCCCAUGAAAUGGAUUUCUCUUCAGUACUGUUUCUAACAUCAGUUCUGUAAAAAGACCAAUAUUUGUUAAUGGCUGAAUAGUCAAAUGAGCUCUUAUCAGAUGCUUAUAAUUUAAGGUCAUUCAAAACCAAUCUGAGUAGUGACAAACAGCACAGGAAGCCAUAAUGAAUCCGAUCAUAGGAUGUCAGGAUAAAGGACCUCUUAAGGGUUUUCUAAAGCACGCAAACUGCAAACAUGUCCUUUAUACUUUGUCAUAUUUAGUGCUUUGAGAAAGGCACUGUGCUGUAGCCACAUCACCUUUGGAGUUCCUACAAGCCCGUGUAUUAGUGAGCCAUUCAUUCAUGUACUCAGUCGUGGAAGCAGGGUAAACAGGCCUGCCCUCAGCGCCACUUGCCCUGUCACAGUGAAUCUUCCAUCUCGAGUUACUAAGGUAGUGAAACCAGCUACGAAACAGUUGGUAGUUUUUCUUGCCUCCACUAAUUCUGAAAGGUCCUAGAAGAUUAGCAGGGCCAUAAACUGCUUUUCUGAAAUCGUAUUCUGUCAAAGGUGGAAAAAGGCGGGUUCAGGUGAGGACCUCAGCGCCCUCCUCUGUGAUGACCUAGCGUUUACCUUUUUUGAUGAUAAAGUAAAAAGGUGAAUCUCUUGGUUAACGUUCAGAAUUAACAUUUGAAGAGCAAAAUCAAAAUCUCUAAUUUCAGUGUUAGUAUUACUUACAGUUAGUAAACCUGAUUACCUAGAGUACAUUCAAUAAUGCAUGCUAGGAAUGAGCAUUUUCAGCAUCCCUGAUGGCAUUCCUCCAGAGGAACAGAGUCUUAGUCCCAGUCACAAACUGACGUUUUGCCUAAUCCUCACUUGCCUUGUUUCUUUCUUUUCUUUUUUUGUGGUUCGGGGGAUGAAACUGGGGCCUCACACAUGCUAGGCAAGUCCCUGCCACUGAGCUACAACCCACCUCUUUUGUAUUCUGAGAUAGGUGUUAGGAUGGCUUUGAACUCACUGUGGCCCAGGUAUACCAUGAACUCUUAAUCAUCCUGACUCAGUCUCUUGAGUAGUUGGUAUCAAAGGCCAGUACCACCAGGUCUGGCUUACCUUUAUUUAAAAAUAAGUGGACUGAAUCUAAUAAUCUUUAAUAUUUUUGUUUUACAUUAUACCUUGAGUGAGCCUAUUAUUUGCACAGUUCUUCAGUUUCCUUAAGCUCUUUUUGUGCCAAACUGAGAAGGACUUGUAAAGUUGAUCUUCCCGACACUAGCUGGUCCCAGCAGGAGCCGCCUGACAGGGACCUGCAACACCCAGGCACAUUCUUUUAGAAAUACAAUUGCCCUCUGAAACUUCAUCCCGUGAAUACUCAAAGGCCACCUUACUAAUUUCCAUCCCAAGCCUCCCUGUUACAAUAAUAGGAUCUGACACUAAACUUACUGUCUCCUUUUUAACUUGUUACAGGAAAUAGUGUCCUCACAGGAAGACUAUGAUAAAAUGUAAAGUAUUUCUAUAUGAACUUCAAAAUACUGCUCUCUAAAGUGAUGCAUGCAAAAACAAUACACUGUGGGCUAUGUAAGGCAUUUUUCUUUAUUAUUUUUCAAUUUAUCUUAGUAAUGCCAGAAAAAUAACAGCCAUUAUUUUCACUUUGAACACAGACCAAAUACUGCUGCACAUAGAGUACAAAGAUUACCUACAAACAUGGUUAGGUACAAAGACCAUUGGAUGUAUAGACCACACUUCGUUCUUACAUCAAAGUAAGACUGACAGCAUUUCUGACAGUUAUUUUAGCGAAUAACCGUGCUACUAAACAAAGGCAGAUACACAUAUCUACACAGACACAUCUCAACUAAAAUUAUACAUGUCACUUUGACAAACAAAUUCUCUGGUGGUUUCACCAGAUAUUUGCGCCCCCAAGUCCCCUACCCUAAUCCCGCCCCCAAAUGCUGACUUGAUCUGAAAAAAAAAAUUAGAGAUGUUCUUAAUGAAAGGCACAUUUGGCAGCUACUGAAAAGUGGCAUGCAUCAGCCAUGGGUGCACUCUAAGCCACACCACAUCGAACUUGCAUCUUUUGUAUGUCUUGGUUUGUUGAGUGGUAAUCCACUGUGACCCACCUUUAGCUAACUUGCUUUAUAAUUUGUCAGCAACUGGCUACUUAAUGCACUAUUUUUAUUAAAGGCAAAAGGGAAAUUUGCUCACAGUUGACAGAAAAUGCACUUUAUGGUGUUAAAAAUGGAAAAUAAGGCAUGAAACAAGUUUUUGUUUAGAUUUAUCAUGUAGACUUCAUGCUUUUUUUUUUCUUAAUUAGAACACAGAAUACCUCACUGGCUCAUGUAUAAGGGACUAUGAAAUCAUUUUAAAAGUUAGUACUGUUUCAAAUGAAAAAAAUUGAAUAAAGUCAUCCCUUUCCUUUGCAUUUUACUGCGGAAUUCUCUCUCAGCCAAGUUGACAGGAACCUCAUGAUGUGAAGUUACUGGAAAAGAUUAACGUGCAGUACACAGAACCUGCACCUGCACAAGGGCGACAUGACAGAGAUGGUUAGAACAUGCCAGCCUGCCCAACAUGAUAGAGAUGGUUAGAGCAUGCCAGCCUGCCCAACAUGAUAGAGAUGGUUAGAGCAUGCCAGCCUGCCGAGCAGCAGAAUACCAGGAAAUAAGUGCUUGCCUUGGUUCUGAAUCUGAAGAGAGGAUAAGAAAGGUUUUCCUCUGUAAGUACUCUAGCUGGGACAACAUCCCCAUUUAUCUUCCUGAGCCACUAAAUACCCCUAAUUUAGGCCAUUAUCUUAAGAUAAGGAAAUAACAUGUGAGCAAAAUUUAAUUACAUGAUCAUUAUGAUAAAUACCACUUUGGGUUUGCAUUAAGGAAGAAUUUGGAAUCAUAGUAUAGCCUCCAACUUAAAUAGUACUUUAGUAGAAUGUUCCGCUGAUUGUGUUUAUUUGGCAUACUCUUGGCUCAACUCAGAUCCAUUCAAACAUCCUUGAGUCAGAGAAUAGUAACCUACUAAACUCACAAUUUGAUGCCUAACAGCCUUUAUUUAAGCAAGAAAUUUUAAUUAGGCAGGCUUUGAUUAUUUGUCAUUAGUACUCUUCAAACACAUUUGAAAGUGUAGAAAGAAUAGACAGCCUGUCUUUUAAUAAAUUUAGAACAUGCACUUGUCUGUUCUGUUUUUAAAGUGCUUAGCUGUGAAAAACAUCUCUGUUACUGGUGAUGAGCCCAUCAAGAGAAACUCCCUUUACUUUGUGAGACAAGGAUAAGCAAACACUUGCUGGCACGUUGUUUUCUGGAGGAAAUGUCCCAUAUUUGCGGAUGGAGUUAAGCAAGUUUUGCCGCCCUGGCUGCCUCCUAAUGUCCUGGAUUCAGAUGCAGUUCUGUGAUGGGGCAUUUGUCUUCGGCCACUUCUUGUCUCCGAAAAUGGACAUUUGAGUUAUGACUAAGGAUACAGCUUUCUCACUUCCACCUUAGGGCAUCCAAUGAGAACUUUUAAAAUCACUUACUGUCACAGAACAUAUUUUUGCCCAAAUGUCAUAUUUGAGAAUAAAAAUACCCUUUAUCCGUGAUGCAUUUAAAAUGGCUGCACGGUGAAGUUGUCCACUAGAACACCUGGGUAGAGAAUAGUUCCCGUUGGGAGAAAUAGAAUUAACUCCAAAUCUGAGAGUUCCCUCCCUUGCGUUGGCUCAAGCAGAGUGAAAGAGGUCAUCACCCUGUUGAAAGCAACUCUUGCCGGAGAGAUACUGAAUGGGUUCUAAAGUUGCUUUUCUUAGGUUCUCAUUUGAAGUAGGGAUGGGGUAAUCAGUAAGCCAUGGGAAAUUCUAGGGGCAGUUAGGCUGGUCUAAUAAGUCAUGGGAGAUUUGGGGGUGUCAUUACAAUCGUAUGGAGCAGCAUUAGUAAGUAGGCCUAGCUAGCUACUUUUGUUGAAUGAAUGGUCAUUUGUUCAAUGAAUGGUCUUCUGGACACUUUGCAUCCAAGAAGGGAUUUGAAAUGAACUUUUGAGGACACUUUUAAGAGAGAAGACAUUUUCCAAAGAGAAAUGGCCACCAUAAUGGGAAUGUUAGACACUAAGUGACAAGAGUCAACUCUAACAAAUAAACAAGACACAGUAAGGAAGACUGCUGAAUGACGAUGCAAUUAAUGUCCGUCCUUCUUAGAAAACUACGCACUGGACUACUGAGAUGUCCAUUUAAUGUUCUAAUAAAUAUCACAAGAAAUUAUUAAUGUACUACGUUUCCACCAUGAUGCAGCAGAGUUAACACAAUUACUGAACUGCUGCUUCAUUAUUUUGAGGACACAUGCACAUACUGAUGAAUUGAUGACUGUCUAAGAAUGGAAUGCUACACAGUUCACAGACAUAGUAGAGAUAAUACAACUUUUUCUAUUCAAGUUGCAUGCAUUUCAGUCACAGUAUUUGUUAGACUCAGAAGAGCAGUACAAGGCUUCAUGAAUAAAACACAUGAUACUAAUGAUGCAGGUAGAUAUUCUCUAAGGAGUAGCUCUGAUAGAACCAAAGAC